AUGUCCUUCAAAAGCCCAUCAGAAAUCCAGGUCACCUCGCGCCAAAUUCCCAAGUGGGAAAGAAUCCCAAACACCUCAAUCCAAUCAAAGCCUCUCAUGAUCUAUCACAAGGCCUUCAGCGCAUCUCCCAACCAGCUCACCACGCACUUGGAGGAAGUUGGAGAAGUCACUCCCCAAUGGGUGUACAGCAUUUCUGGGGUUGUCUCAGGACGUGCACGUCUCUGCUUCGGCGGCGAAGGCAAUCCGAAUCGGUUCGACACGAUCGUCGAAAAGGGUGAUCUGAUCAUCGUCCCGGCAGGUGUUGGCCACCGCUUGUUGGAUGAGCUCGACACUGAAGAGGAGCGGUUCAAGAUGGUGGGCGCAUAUCCGAAGCAGAAGCAAUGGGAUAUGUGUUAUGGACAGUCAGGAGAGGAAGACAAGGUCAAGGGCAUCAAAGACUUGGGCUGGUUCCAUAAAGAUCCUCUAUUCGGGGACGAUGGCCCUGUGUUGCAUGUCUAACGCUGAUUGCAUUGCGGGUCAAAGAAAGCUGGUCAGAUCGUUGGUUGCGUUAGACCGUUGAUUUUUCCGCCGUGUAGCGCCACGUCCCAUAAUCCAUGUUGGCUGCAGUGUCCCAGCAAGGAAAUUAACGUUCCAACGUGAUAGAAUGAACUAAGAAAAAAUACCUUAGAUGCCACAAACAAAGG